UGUUAUAUUUCUCAUACCUGGAGAUGAUGGUAGCCUCGCGCAACGUGUCACUGACAGCGCCAGCCUAACCUCCAAAAUUAACGUGGUUAAGGGAAAGCAGUGUUUUUUUAUGAGUUGUCAAGGAUUUGCCGUGUUAUCAAAAUGAAUUCCUCUAAAAAAGUGGAAGACGUGGUGGGGUUUUCCUUGCCCACUGACGGCGAUGAAGGAGAUUUUCCUGUACCGAAGAAAACAUCCCAAAAGGGAGGAGGCUUCCAAUGUUUAGGUUUAAGUUUUGAGAUCCUUAAGGGAAUAAAGAAACGCGGUUACAAAGUUCCGACACCUAUCCAAAGAAAGACGAUUCCUCUUGUAAUGAGUGGAAGAGAUGUUGUGGCCAUGGCCCGCACUGGAAGUGGUAAAACAGCAUGUUUUCUUAUUCCGAUGUUUGAAAAGCUGAAGGUACGAGCUACCAAAGUAGGUGCAAGAGCUUUGAUUCUUUCGCCCACCAGAGAGUUAGCUCUUCAGACUUUAAAAUUUGUACGAGAGAUUGGUCGCUUCACAAGCUUAAAAUCAGUUUGUGUCCUUGGAGGGGAUUCUAUGGAAAACCAAUUCACAGCUAUGCAUGGAAAUCCUGAUAUAAUUAUUGCAACUCCUGGACGGUUUCUUCACUUGUGUGUUGAAAUGGAUCUAAAACUUGAUGCAGUAGAAUAUAUAGUAUUUGAUGAGGCAGACAGGCUUUUUGAAAUGGGUUUUGGAGAACAAAUGAAUGAUAUUUUGGGGAGACUCCCGGAUAGCCGACAAACUUUGUUGUUUUCUGCUACUCUACCCAAAGUAUUGGUUGAAUUUGCUAGAGCUGGACUGGCAGACCCAGUUCUGUUAAGGUUGGAUGUUGAGUCAAAACUGCCUGAACUUCUGAAAUUAGUAUUUUUGAACUGCAGACCUGAAGACAAGGAUGCAGCCCUUCUGGUAUUAUUGAAGCAAGCCAUUGGUAAUGAUUCUCAGAGUGCUAUUUUUGUUGCUACUAAGCAUCAUUGUGAAUAUGUUAGCAUGCUCUUAUCUCAUUCUGGAAUAUCAAAUUCCUGUGUAUAUUCCACCCUAGAUGCUUCAGCCAGAAAAAUAAACGUUGCUAAGUUUGCAAACCGAACAGUCCGGACUUUAAUUGUAACUGAUGUGGCAGCUCGUGGUAUUGAUAUUCCCUUCUUGGAUAAUGUAAUAAACUACAACUUCCCUGCAAAAGCCAAACUUUUUAUUCAUAGAGUGGGUCGGUGCGCUCGAGCAGGCCGCAGUGGAACAGCGUACUCUCUUGUUUCCACUGAAGAACUACCGUACCUACUUGAUUUGCAUUUAUUUUUGGGAAGAGGCAUUCAAAAAGCAAAGACAGCUAUGUAUAUCAAAAAAGAGAAGGAAGAAAAUGGAGACAAUGAGAAUGAUGAAGAUGCAGAUGGAGUGUUUGGUUGUGUUCCGCAACCCUUGAUUGAAGAAGAACAAGCAAAUAUUGAUAUGAUGCUGAUCAAGGAUGUUGAGAUGGAGAGUCAGAAAAGAACAUGUAAAAAUGCCUACUCUCGAUACCUACAGACCCGUACUGGUGCUUCAGUAGAGAGUGUGCGACGCUUGAGAGAGCUUGAUUUUACUAAACUAGGUGCUCAUCCAAUUUUUAAUAAAAUCCAUUGUUUGCCACUGGAAGCUGAUAAACAAACAUUGCUUAGUGCAAUGAAGCAGUAUCGUCCUAAAGGGACUGUCUUUGAGCUGGGAGGUAGUAUUGCUUCCUCACAGUACCAAGCAAUGAAAGCCAAAAGAGAUUUCCAUGACACUAACAUAGGAAAACACAAACUGAAACGAGAAGAGCUCUCAUUGAAAACUGAUGCUGAAUGUUUGGAAUCUCCUCAAGCUUUGACAAGCAGCACCCAGGAUGACAUUGAUGAUACCUUCAGCACAAUAAUCAAUCCAGCUAAAAGAAGAAUUUAUGAUGCUGAAACUAUAAGAGCUAAGAAAAUGAGGAAUAAAAAUAAAGUGGAUGAGAAGCACUACAUUCCAUAUUCUGCACCAGAUAAAUACUUGGAGGAAGGGUUGUCAGUCAAUUUCACCAAGGAUGCAAACGCAGCUUCUCUUGACCUUACUGGUGAUACUGAUGAAAUGAUGAGACACAAAAAGCAGCAAAUGAAGUGGGAUCGCAAGAAGAAGAAGAUGGUUCAAGUUAAUCCGGAGAAAAAGGUUACAAUGAUCAAAACAGAAGCAGGUCAAUGGAUCCCAUCCACUUUUAAGAGUGGCCGUUAUCAAAAUUGGCAGGAAAAGAAUAAGGUUGAGGACAAGGCAGAUAGUAGUGAUGAAGAAGGAGAAGAAAUUCAACGUAAAACCAAGUCUAUUCAUCCCAACACGCACUGGGGCAGACAUAACCAGAAGUUGGAGAGAAAGAAGAGAGACAAAGCACUUCAAAACAGGGAUCAAAUUGUUAAGAAGAGGCUCCGCAAAGAAAAACACAAGGCCUAUGUCAUGGCGAAGCAUGGCGCCAAGGUGGCUAACAUUCAAGCUAAAAAGCGCGAGUUCAGAAGUAAAUUUAAGAGAUGAUGUGGUUUGUACAUGUUUUUAUUUAAAUAAAGCACUAUAUUUCUGGUUCUCUACAA